GAAUGGACGACCCGUUGCAGGAACGCACUAGACUGCUGUUGACUGACUUCUUGACGUUCUGUGCUCGGGAACCGGGUGUCCCCGAGUCACCGCCCACAUCGGCCGAGGCGGAAUUGCUGCGCUCUCUGGCAGCGCGGAUGCAACAGCAGCACGAGGCUUUCUUCUCCACCUUCUUUGGCUACCAGGGCAACCGCGUGGAGCUGGUGAGACAGAUGGCGAAUGGGGUGUUCUCCGAUGCCCCAAACUUCAACUGGGGCCGCCUGGUGGUGCUCUUGACCUUCGCGGGGACGCUUCUGGAUCAAGACCCUAGCCACGCUACCACGCAGAGGAACGGUGGGAACAAUCCAGUGCAAGUGGCCCGGGACUGCCAUCUCCUCGUGGAUUUACUGUGUAAUCGGCUCCUGAGACAUCAUCGCUUGUGGCUGGAGACUCAUGACGGCUGGGAUGGCUUUUGCGAUUUCUUCAGGAGCCCCUUUCCAGUCAUUGUUUGGAGGAGAGUGCUCAUCAAGGCUUUUCUGUCCUGCAUCAUCGCGACGACCAUCCUGUAUAUCUGGAAAAAGUUUUAAGUUUUAACAUUUUAAAACGAUUUUACCUGCCAACUGUGACCCGCUAAGGGACCGUUUUAGAUGGCUGGAGAACUGAGGAAAUCUCCUGCCUAGAGACAUUUUUUUUACCUGCAUGCUGCAUGGAGUCCUGGGGUUGCAACGGGGGCAGCAUUUGGAAGGGGGAGGGGCUCGUCGCUAAGUGGGGAAAUGGUCUUCUGGGUACCCCAAAGAACUACAUCCGCUCCGUAGGUGCGCGGCUGUCUGCAUCUGGUUGUACGCACACCGGAGCCUCUCCCGUCUGUUUUGGGGUUCUUGAGGAGUUGUUCAGUAGCCAGGGUUGCCCCGCAGAAGAACCUAAAGCACCAAAACCCCAGAGCAACGACAAAUGCAAUAGAAAACCUUAAGAAUUCCUUGGAAGUCUAUCUUUCUGUGCCUAAUUCCCGGGACUUCUGAAUUUAUA